GCUAAUCCCGAUCGCAGAGUCACACAAUUCUGCGUCUUCUUUCCCGUAGGUCUCAAGGCCGCUAUUUUGGAUUGGAGGAUCCCGAAACAUCAAGCUGGCCGGACGUCGACUCAAGGCUUCUGAGUGUCCUUGCCUUUUGUGAGCAAAGCCCUCUCGAGUUACUGUGCGGCAUUUUGGCUCGAGGAGCGCGCAGUUUGGGCGCACAUUUUUAGCCCGAAUCGGAUUAUUUUUAUGGCUUGACGGAUUUCCAUCUAUCCAGCUCUCCCAAAUUAACGCCGUACUACACACCCCAGGAGGAGGUGAGAACCUCUACACCCAUGGACGCAGCGAGGUGGGCGCGGGCGCCGCCUUCCUCGCGAGGCACCACAAUUACCUUUUCGCCCACGCCCUCGCCCUCGCCCUCGCCAAGCCCAGCGCCGGGUGCGUCGCAGCCCGAAGCGGGGCCGUCGCGGCCCUCGCCGCCGAGCUCUACCUCGUCGACCGACGAGGACCUGGCCGAUGCCCCGUCACCCACAUCGAGACGCAGCGAUUCACCGACGCUGCCGCCAACGAAUUCUUCACGCGCAUCGCGGGCAAAGGAGCUCAAAGAGUACAAGAAACUCGUCAAGGAAAUGCAGGAGCAAGAGGCAUCGGACCUGGCAGCGCGCCUCGCUCAGCGCGCUUACCUCGAACGGCUCGCGGUCAGGUUCUGGUCUGCGUGCAUCAUUGCUGAGAGAGAGGCACAACAAAAGAGAAAGGAGGAGAAGAGACGAAAGAGGAGCAGGAGCAGUCUAGAGAAUGAAGUGGAGGAGCAUGAGGAAGGAGAGCGCGGGACAGAGGAAGAGCAGGACUGGAGGCGCAUCAAGGCGACAAUCUGCAGACGGGCUGCGAAAAGCGAAUCGAUUCGGCAUCGCUCGGCUGCUUUUCGCUGGCCGGUACAUCCGUCAAAGUGUGACGUGCCGCCGUGGACGUUUGGGGACGAGAUCGUGGGCAUCAUGGAGCGCGCAAUAAGGAGAACGAGGACGAGCGACGAGCCGCCAGACGCCGCGAUUGCGAUGCCCACGGUCGCCCUUGCCUUGGACAAGACGACGGCAAUUCUCGACUGGCUAGCCGACGGGAGAGGCCACGACAGUCAAGAGGAUCCUGCAGACUGGACAGAUGUCCUCCACUAUUUGGAGGAUGGCGACCACGGUAUACCAACGGUGGUUACUGCCAGAGUCAGGGAACGGCUGCUAGACAUCUACGGCGAAAGGCCUGGGAACCUGGGGGCACAGCGUCUCGAGCAGGUCCUCGACGGCCUCUUCCGGCACGCAGCAGGAAGGAAGAAGAGCCUUGGUCCAAUUGAGCUCAUGGCGAAACGGGCUGUGGGUGAGCCAUCUUCCUCGUCUUCUGCAACUAUUCGGAGGCGGCCUAGGACGAGCUGCGAGCUAGAAGGAAGAGGGAGUAACCGAAAAAUACAACGGGAGGCAGACGCGAUGCUCCUGCUCGAGCCAUCAUUCACCAAACGCGCCAGAUACCUCGAACUGCCACCUGUGGACCGCCAGCGAUCAACGGGGAUUACUACUACUGCUGCUCGUUAGACUAUGGUGUAUUCAUGAAGUUGAUGAAAGUUGAGAAAUCUGAUGCUACAGAGGAAGCAAGCACGCUACUGCUGCCCUUUGCCCUUGCUCUUGCUUGUUUGCGUGAUGCAUUCGUUGGUGUGUCUUGUGCCCCCCAACCUUUCUAACCCUC